AUGUCAACCGUGUCUCAUCUUUCCACUGAGUUGACGAAUUUGGUAUCGGAAUCCAAAAGAAGGAACUCUGAAAUCAAACAUGCUUCUGAAAGAUCUUUAACAAUAUUGAAAGCCUUUGACGGGAGGUCAAAUGAAGCUACUUUUUUGAAAGAGUUAUCAAUGAACCCUGAUUUUAUCACACCUUUCCUACUGUCAUGCUCCACAAGAAACGCAAAAUUCAGUACAAUAGCCAUACAAUGCUUAAACAAGUUAAUUUUAUCAAGAGCUAUACCCAUUUCAAAAUUAGAUCUACUAUUAGAUGCAUUCAUCGAGGCUACACAUCUAGCUGUGGAUAUUCAACUUAAAGUCUUGCAAACACUUCCAACUUUAUUCCAGAUAUAUGGUGAAUUCAUCAAUAAUGGCCUAGUUGCGAAACUGCUAUUAAUUUGUUCAAUGCUUCAAGCUCCAAGUAAAAUACCAAUGGUUAUAAACACUUCAGCUGCAACACAACAACAAAUUGUUCUUUCAUUGUUUGAUAAAAUUCUAGAAGAUGAUAAAACUGACGUUGAGAAGGAAUUUACAGUGAAGAUUGAUGAAGAUGAAGAUUUGAAAAUUUCCUCAAGUGCAUUUGAUGCUUAUAAUGUUUUGAAUGAUUUGUGUUCAUUAGUUGAGCAUCAAAAACCUACAUUUUUAACUUUCAAAACCAUGUCUGAAUCUUUUGGCUUUGAACUGUUGGAGAAUGUCCUUACAAAUUAUCAAGAUGUGUUUUUAUCUCAUACUGAACUUGGGUUUUUGGUCAGAACUAGAAUCACGCCUUUACUACUUAGAUCUUUCUCAAAUCAUAGAGAUUUUUUGAUAAUUGUUAGAGUUUCAAGAAUCAUAUUGUUAUUGAUACGAACUCAAAUUAGUAUUUUGGAGAUUGAAGCUGAAGUUAUGCUUUCGUUGUUAACACAUGUCAUUUCAAAAGAAUCAAAUGUCCCAUAUUGGAAGAAAGUUUUAUCUUUGGAGAUAUUCAAUGCUGUGCUAAGUGAUUUUGAUUUAGUCAAGGAUAUUUUCUCCUCUUAUGAUUAUCAUGAAGAUAAGAAGAAAAUUAUACAUGGAUUUCUGAGCGUCUGUUCUGAAAUUGUGAAAGAACCAUGGGCAACUAGGGUAUUACAAAUUAAUGAUAUUGUUUUAGUCCCGGCACAAGAACAUUCAAUAACGAUGGCCAAUUCAGCUUUAAAGAUUCCUUAUAUUGAUUUGUUGGACAAGCAUGAAGCACCACCGGCUCCAAAAGCCUAUACAUUAUAUUUGAUUUUAUCGUGCACAAACUCCAUAUCUGAGGGUAUAGGAAAUUUUAUCAGAAAAAUUUCAACAAAUGAUUCAAACACAUUCACAUUCUUGAAUGAAUUAUCGUCUGAAAACCAUGAACAAAGUGAAGCCUUACAAAUGAAAACAUUAGUAACGUCAAAUGCUAAAAGUAUUGUUUCUAUUGGUGCUGAAUUUCUUUACGCUUCUUUGGGGAAUGAACUUUUUCAUGCAUUGAUAAGAGCCUUACAAAAACUUUGCCAUGCUGCUGGUGUAUUGGGAUUAAAUGCCGAAAGAGAUUCAUUAUUGAUGUUGUUCUCAAUCGCUACAAUAAGCAAUAACCUAAGAAGAAACUCAAAGUCAUUAUCAAUAAGUGAGACAAUCGUGGAGACAAUCAGUCACUCAAUCGCACCAUCACCAGCUUCGACACCAAAUAUUCAAAGAUUUCAUCAAAGGUAUUUGAAUUCAAGGCAUAUAAUUUGUUUCAGAGCAUUAGUCAGUCUAGUCAUUUCAUUAGGCCCAACUUUGAAGAAGAGCUGGAAAUUCAUACUUUCAACCUUUCAAUGGUUUGAUUAUUAUUUAAAUGGGCCAUCAGAAUAUUUAUCGUUCAAAGAAACACCCCCAAAACCUGAGCUUGCAAAUACUGAUUUGAAAUCUGCUGAAAGUUCAUUUUCAAAAUUAUUUGAAUCAACCGCUGAUUAUGAUGAUGAAGCUUUUCGUGAUGGGUUAAUUGAGUUGAUAAGUAUUUCAAGAAUGUCUGUCUUUGAUAAAAUAGAUAAUUCAGAACCUAUCAUUGAAGAUGAUAUAUUAUUAUGCCCAUACAAUAGAGAUUUUUUCAUAAAAAAGUUAGUGAUUGUCUCCAAAUUUAAUGCUAAAAGGUAUUUGGAAAAAGGUAAUAAAUACUGGAUUGAUGUGGUGAAGUUUUUGUCCGAUGUAUGUACAUCUCCUCAAGUUGCUUCAGAUUUAAGAGUCACUGCUUGUGCUACAUUCAACUUAUCAACUAAAGAGCUAGCGGCCGUUGCAUUUUCACCUGAUUCUUCAUUUGAUAAGAUCUAUAUUGAAACUGAAUUGCUAAACUCACUUGCAAAAAUGGUUGAUCGGAUGCUUUCUUCAUUGGGCGAAACCCAAUUAUCAACUUCAGAGUCUGAAAUGAUUCAUGAUACUUUGAAAACAUUAUAUGAAUUACUUGAUAGAUUUGGUACUCAUCUUUCACAUUCUUGGGAAGCCGUUAUUCAUAUUGUUGAUUGCCCCUUCAAAUUUUUUGAAGUUUCUAAAAAUGUUAGUUCACAAAAACAACUACUAAAGUCUGCAUUUGAAAUAUUACAGCUGGUCUUGAAUGAUUUCUUGCAAACUAUCCCAUUGAAAAUAAUGAUCAAAAUAAUUGAUGUUCUUCAGAAAUUUUGCACUCAAGAAUAUGAGCUGAACAUUUCGUUUUCCGCUAUAAGCUAUUAUUGGCUGAUUAGUGAUUACUUCCGUCAUUUAGUUCCAAAUGAAGGUGGCCCAGAACUUAGCUUUAACAACAAGGAAGAAUUACUCCAGGCUCUCAAUAACACAGAUAAGUACACAGAGGUUCAUAGUUUAUGGCUUUACUUAUUGAGCAGUAUUGUCAAUAUUUCAAACGACCCAAGACCUGAAGUGAGAAAUGGUGCAAUGCAGACAUUCUUCAGAAUAAUUGAUUCUCAUGGAUCAUAUUUGAACUGGAACAAAACUUAUAGUAUUGUUGUCAAAGAACUUUUGAAUAUUGAGUUUGAUAAUAAGUUGAUUGAAGAUCCAGAGAUCAUAGCAUCUUACAAAGACAGUGUCUCCAUAAUUUUAAAAGGUUUAACAGAUCUGUAUUGUCGCUUUUUCAUAGGAUCAAAUGAGAUAAUUUAUUGGGAAGGUUUACUAGAGUUCUUUCAGAAAUUGGUAAAGUGGAAUGCAACUGAGAUUACUUUUUUCGUUUACAAGUCAUUUAAUGAAAUCACUGCUUCGUUCAAGACAAUUGAUGUUAAGAUUUUUGAUCUUCUAUUUGAGUUCUGGAGCUCACAAAAUAUUACUUAUGUUGUUUCUGAUACUGAUAAUUAUCAAAAUUGUAUCGUGGAGUUAAUCGGAAGUUUCAAAAGUUUAUACAAGCUUUCAGAUGUUUCUGUUACACAACUUGAAAAGGCUCUUUCAAUUUUCAACAAUGCAAUUAGAUUCCCAUUCUUACCAAGGUUCACCAAAGAUAUUCAGAAACCUACAAAGGUUCAGGCUGUUGUUCUAGAGUGCCUUGAAGUUGUUGAUAUAUCCACAGAUUCUGAAGUUUUGUCAUUGAUGUUAUCUCAUAUGGCAUCAAUAAUUCUGUUACCUUUCCAAACAAGAGCCAGAAUAGUAAAGAAACUACAAGGGAAAGGUAAAAUUGAAGUUCCAAGCUUUAUUGCUGUAAGUAAUGAAGCACUUGGGUGGUUGAAAUCAACUUUAGGGCAAAUUAAAGAUUAUUCACCUUUGGUUCCAAAUAAAAGUUUCUUGAAAGUUUUCAAAAAUUUACUUGAUGCAGUACAGUCUAAAGUGGAUGAUCAAGUUCAUCAAGAAAACAUUCUUGAAUAUGGUCUUUGGAAAAAUGCUUUAUCGAUAUUGUUGCUUCUAGGCUCUGAAGUUUCACCUUUAUUAGGGCAAGAAGAACUGGAUGAGUCAAAGACACAUAUAUUCUCAGAGGUGUGGGAUCAUAUUAUUGAUUCAAUUGUGGUAUCUUUGCCUGUUGCAAAUGAUAGUCGCGAUGAAAGUUUCAAUGAGGAUAUUUACCAAAAGUUUAAAAAAUCUAUUUUACCAAACAUUGGUCAAGAAGUUGUUCCAGAUAUUGCAUUGGAAAAAUUAGUUUCAUCUGUAUGGAAAUCAUCCUUUUUGUAUGAAAAUGACGAAAUUGAGGAUUAUUUAUUAAACAAGUUGAAUUCUCCAGCUGAAGUUACACAAUCUUUGUUAUCAACUCAAUUGAAUGACUACACCACGGAGCCAUUUAAGGUACUACCUCAACAACAUUUCAGAACAAUUUGUCUACAAGAUUUAUUCAUGUUUAGUGAUCUUCACAGUGCAAAGAGGCUUGCAACAAAGACUUUACCGUUUUUGAUUUGUCGUUUGGUUUUAUCAUUCAAGAAAUUCGCGGGUUCACAAAAACUUUUAUAUUAUGCACCAUCAUCUUCAGUUCAGCAAAAAGAAUUGGAUUUAUCGUUG